CCGCAGUCGUCCCUUUCCUUGCGGCCGACUCGGGUCUCGUGGCACGCCGACCCAGCCGCUCCUUUGCCUCGAUUUUCGCCGCAACGGCACACAGUUUGAUCUGCAGUGUGAUGUGAUAACGCCAGCAGGAUGUCGCGAUCGUAUCAAAGACCUGAAAAUGCCCUCAAACGGGCGAGCGAAUUUAUCGAUGUGGGGAAACCCAAUCGAGCUCUUGAGGUCCUCUAUGAGGUCAUCAAAAGGGGCAAGAUGCGCAGCUCCUACUCAGAAAAACUGCUUGAGCCUAUUAUGUUCAAGUACUUGGAGCUGUGUGUUGACCUGAAGAAGUCUCACCUUGCCAAAGAGGGUCUUUACCAGUACAGGAACAUCUUCCAGAGUGUAAAUGUAUCCUCCUUAGAGACUGUUGUGCGUCGAUACUUGUCUUUGGCAGAGGAACGCACAGACUUUGCCCGCAGAGAGAGUCAUCAAGCUGUUGUUGACAUUGAUGACUUGGACAACCUUGCAACUCCUGAAGAAAUUUUACUGUCUGCUGUCUCAGGAGAGGAUGCACAGGAUCGAAGUGACAGGACUAUUCUUACUCCAUGGGUCAAAUUCCUGUGGGAGAGUUAUCGCCAGUGCUUGGAGCUUCUUCGCACCAAUUCCCGCGUUGAACGACUGUAUCAUGACAUUGCCAAGCAGGCUUUCAGGUUCUGCGAGAAGUACAGCCGCAAGACAGAGUUCCGUAAACUAUGUGACAAUUUGCGAACUCAUUUGUCACACAUCCAGAAGCAGCAGGGGUCUGCAACAGCUGUUAAUCUCAAUAAUCCAGAGACACAACAGAUGAAUCUGGAGACCCGCUUAGAGCAGCUCAACUAUGCUAUUAAAAUGGAAUUGUGGCAAGAGGCUUACAAAGCUAUUGAAGAUAUUUCUGACUUGAUGAAUAAAUCCAAGAAGAUGCCAAAGCCACAUGUAAUGGCCUCCUAUUACCAAAAAUUGUCACUGGUGUUCUGGAAAGCUGGCAAUCAACUCUUCCAUGCUGCAGCACUCUUCAAGCUCUUCCAGCUCUUGAGGGACCAGAAGAAAAACAUUACAAGUGAGGAGCUGGGCAAGCGAGCAUCCAUAGUACUGAUUGCUACCUUAGCAAUCCCUCUCCCAUCUGCUCACCCAGAAUUUGAUCGAUUUAUUGAAACUGAGAAGUCUGCCUUAGAGAAGAUUGAGAAGCUAGCAACUCUUCUCUCUUGCAACACACCAACCCGUCUAUCCCUUAUCAGAGACUUAAUCAGAUUCAAUGUUGUGAGUGCAGUCCCUCAAGAAUUGCAGAAUCUCUAUCAGUUGAUGGAGGUAGAGUUUGACCCUCUACAUCUUUGCAACCGUAUGCAGUCAAACCUGGAAUGGAUUCAGGAGCAUCCAGAACUUGAUUAAGGACAGGCUUAUUCAAAUCUCCCAGACUUCAUACGGCCAGAAGAUGAUGGAAAAGUUUGAUGAAGAGGAAUUACUGAACCUUGGUGCUGAGGAGAUUUUGCAGAGGCAAGUAGAGGAACUGGAGAAGGAACGAAAGGAACUGAAUCAAAGACUGAAAGCCCAGGAGAAGAAAGUUGACUACCUUGAGAGAGCAAAGAGACUGGUGGAAAUUCCAAUGCUUAAGGAGCUCUUUGAAAAAGAGAAGGAGAAGGACAAAGAGUUCUGGCAGGCACAGGAGCAGGAACGUGUACAAAAGCUAGUAGAGGAGCAUGAGAUUAGUCUUCAGCACUGCAAACGGCUAUGCCGCAUGCAUACUGACAGAGAUGAGUUCCUUAACCAACUAAAGUCUUCGCGACGAUCAGAAAUAGAAAAGAAGCUUAAUGACUUCAAUGCACGUCUUGAAGUAGAACGAAAGAACAGACUAGCUGAAAGAAAGGAGCAGAGGCGAAGAGAGCGGCGUGAAGCCUACUACAGGAAGAAAGCAGAGGAGGAACAACAGCGCAGAGACGAGGAGCUCAAGAAGGCAAGAGAGGAUGCGGAGCGACUGGAAAGAGAGCAGAGGGAGAGGGAAGAGCAGGAGUACUUAGCAAGAAAGGCAGCUUUGGAUCGUCAAGCAGAAUUGCAGAGAGAACGUGAGAAGGCCAUAGAAGAGAAGCAAAGAAUGGACCGAAGUGCUGCACCAGAAAGGUUUACUCGUCGUACUGAGGAUUCUGGAUGGCGGCGUGGCGGCGGAGAAGAUUCCAAGGAAGACCAGCAAGACCAAGAGGGUGACACCAAUGAAAGACCUGGAGUAUGGAGAGCGGGUGUUGGUACUUGGCGUGAGAAAGAAAAGGAGAAACUUGAUGCUUGGCGUAAAAAGGAUGAUGAUAGAGAAGAGCCUGAAGAACGUGAACCCAGAGACCGUGGAAACAAAGACAUUAGGACGGAAGAGCCACCUCCACGUGACCGUGGUAAUAGAGACAUUAGAGAGCAGCAACCACGAGAGCCGGAACGACGUGGAUUUGGAAGAGACAGAGAUGACCGCUUUGGCAGGGAUCGUGAGGAGCGAGGAGGUUUUGGAAGAGACCGAGAUGAACGUGGUUUCGGAAGAGACAGAGAAGAGCGUGGAGGUUUUGGAAGAGAACGUGAAGAGCGUGGAGGGUUUGGAAGAGACCGUGAUGACAGGGAUGGUGCAAGUGACUGGCGUCGUGGACCACCAAGAUCUGAUCGUGAAUUUGGGCGUGGUGACCGAGACCGGGACUUUGGAAGAGGCGAUCGUGACAGGGACUUUGGACGAGGAGACCGGGACAGGGACAGGGACUUCGGACGAGGAGAUCGUGACAGGGACAGGGAAUUUGGAAGAGGGGACAGAGACAGAGACUUUGGACGAGGAGGUGACCGUGACCGUGACUUCGGACGUGGUGAUGACCGUUUCCGCAGGGGUGAAGACCGUGACAUUGGACGUGGUGACCGUGGAUUCAGUCGCCGCAUGGAUGAUGAAAGGCGUGGACCCUCAAGAGCAGAUGAAGGAGGUUCUUGGCGAUCAUCAGGACCUCCUCCUACCAGAGAAAGACGUGAUGACCGUGGAGGUGACCGGAUGGAUAGACGGGAUGAUAAACGUGGUGGUGGAGGAGGAGGUAACUCCUGGCGUUCACGUGAGGAAGCACGCAAAGAAGAACCUCGUGAAGAGAAGUCUCGUCCAUCCCGCGAAGAAGACGAAGAUGGCUGGACUACUGUGAGGCGUUAGCUCAAUUGAAAUUGCCAUGUCCUUGCAGAGGCUUCAUUGUGAAGGAUUAUUCACUAUCUUGAUUAUUAGAGACGCUGUUUGAGAAACCAAACCUUAAAGUGAAAUUAAAAGAAAUAAUGGAAGACUGAAGGUUAAUGUCUGUGAAUUUUUAUUAUUAGUUGUCAUUUUUAUGUAAUUUGGUGCUAUCAUAAAUUAAAAGGAUCUGCUAUAAAAAAGAAUAAUCAAGAACCAUAACAUAUAAUAAAAGAAAAAAAUCAGAUUCUUGUGUAGAUGCUUUUUAGGUGUGGCGCCUAGUGUCUAAAUUUUAUCAGCGUAAGAAAGACUGCCUUGAUACAAGGUGAAAAAGUGGAGGAAGGAAAUGGUAGAUAACCAGUUUGCAGUUUUGCACAUAAUUAAAUGAUAGGAUUAAGUAUAAAGCCAUGUUUCUUUUGUAGAAUUUCUCACCUUAUUCCAAGCUGUUAAACAAAUUAUGUAGAUUGUCAUUACUAUAAUAUGAGCAAGGCUUAAUAUUAAUGGGCUUUGAUAAAUGCCAAGAGCGUGUCUUGUACUUUUAAUCAAAUCUUUCUAAAGGAAGAAAUUGUGCCCACACAGUCCUACUUAGCUAUGUUUUCCACUGGAGUGAAUUCUUUCUCUUUUGUGAAUUUUUUAAUGUGUAUCUUGAUAACUUUGAGUAUCUUCAAGUCUGUAUUACCACCACAUUAUUUAAAGGAUUAGGUAUGUAGUAAUUAAGCGCUGUUUCUUAACCAAGAGAAUAUCACCAGUGAUUGUUACUCGUUUUGUGUUGAAUUGAAGGCUGAGUUGUAAUAUAUCAUGACUUGUUUUCCUUGGAUGAGAAGUUAUCUGCUUUGUAGUGGUCAAACUAUUAUCAAUAAAGGUAGUGGUCUCCUA